AUGGUCAAGAAGGGCCAAGCAAAGGGCGGGAAGCUAGGGGCUGGGGGAGGGGCGAAGAAACAAUCCCUAGCAACGACUGGAGGUGAUGACAGCUUCAUCGUCUUUUCAAACUCCGACAAGGACCCCAAACCGAAGAAACCAGUGCCAAGCAGUAGUGAGACAUCUGCGGCUGGACCCUCGGGGCAGGAUGGGCCAGCUCUGGCAGGAGAAGCACCGCAGAGGCCGGAUGUGAAGAAGUUGAUCGGAGGCGCAUCAUGGACGGGGAAACUACCCGUGAACAUGCUUUCUGAGCACUGCCAGAAGCAAAAAUGGGAGAAGCCAGAGUACACCAUGUCGAAAACGCUGGAAGGAUAUUCAUCGAUGGUCAUACUCAAAGCGAAGAAUCCGAAGACACAAGAACUCAUCCAACAUCCUCCUUUCAAACUUCCACCAAGCCAUAAGAACCUUGCUGCGAAACCUACGGCGCUCGAAGCGAGGCAUUUUGCUGCCACAUAUGGUCUGUUCAGAGUCUGCAGCAUGCGGAAUAUACAUAUGAUGCUUCCUCCAGAUUACAGAGAUCUCUGGAAGGGAGAAUUCGAGGUGCUUAAGAAGGAAGACGUUAAAGAAGGCCGUGCAUGGAUGUACGAGGCAGAUCCAUUCGCGGCUCUGAGAGAGCGGGACGAGGUAAAGGCUCUGAUGGAGAAAAAACGUAUCGAGCGAGAAAAGGCCAGAGAGAAGGCCUUGAGCACCCCAGGAGGACCUGGAGGUGUAGGAUUGGCUCUUCGAAGCAAUGGCCAAGCUGGUGGGGGCUCGGGUGCGCACAAUAUCCACAGAGGCUGGACGAGAGUUCCGAAAAUCGAAAUGGGAAAACGAACACGCACAACUGUCGAAACUCUGAUUCGCAAGUAUGCUUUAUGGAACCCUCACGAUGUCAAGUUGUCGGCAUUUCAGAAGCAUUCGAUAGUCAACGAGUUCAAGGCGCUGGAAUUCCGACAAAGCCAUGUCGAAGAAGCUAUGGAAGAGUGCAAGGACCGAGAGGAAACCCUCGAGUGGCUGCUCAUUCAUGUUCCAGAAGAUGAUCUCCCUCGGUGGGCACUUCCGGAAGGCUAUGUGGCUGGCAUCAGUAUGGCUAGCAGUGACUUGAAAAGAGAAGGCGCCAUCAAAAGAUUGGCUGAAGCAGGAUACUCUCUGGACCUGUGCAAGCAAAUCUUUGACUCCCAGGGAGAAGAAGGGAAAGCAGCAGAAGCCUUACAACAAAUCCUCAUGUCCAGUGGACAAGACUCGGAUCUGCCUGAAAUGGAGGAGUCUUGGGAUUCUGAGGAGUCGAAAGAGUCAUCGACAGCUAUAUGGGAGGAGGAGUUGACUAGCUUGCAGUCAGUGUUCGGAGAUCAAUAUUCUGCUACGUCGAAAAAUAUUUGCAGAAUUGCUAUUAAGCCCUCUAAUCGAGGUCGAACCCCGGAAGUACAACCCAUUCUCCAAUUUCGACGUUCCCAGGAAUAUCCCCAAAAGACUCCAGUUAUAUCUGUGCACGCUGGCCUACCGGCAUACAUCCACCUGAGUAUCAUGAAGCAGGCUUUGAAUCAUGCCACAGACAACUUGCUCGGCGAGCAAAUGCUAUUCUUCCUCAUAGAUUGGAUCGAGCAAAACUUCUAUGACAUUGUUGAAAGGCCUGGAAAACUUCGAGACGUCUCGGCCGCUGCUUCCACUGUCAGCGAGGUACGGCCGGUUCAUAGCAAGAGACAAAAGAUCUCGAGGCAUCCUCGGCCAAUCGCUUGGACUCCCAACCCGAAGAGCAAAGAUGACUGGACAAGGAAACAGACGGAUCCCAAGCUUCAAUCUAGAAUACAGCAGCGCAGAAGUCUGCCUGCAUGGGAGAUGAGAGAAGUCAUCAUUGACACCGUCAACUCUCAUCAAGUUACAAUCAUAUCGGGUGAGACCGGAUCUGGUAAAUCCACUCAGUCUGCUCAAUUUAUUUUGGAUGAUCUAUAUCAGAGAGCUUUGGGAGAAUGUACCAAAAUUAUUUGCACCCAGCCAAGAAGGAUCUCUGCCCUUGGCCUCGCCGACCGCGUAAGCGAAGAGAGAUGCUCCGCUGUUGGCCAGGAAGUCGGUUAUAUCAUUCGCGGAGAGUCGAAGACCACACCAAGUACUAAAAUCACGUUUGUUACAACUGGUGUCUUGCUGAGAAGGCUUCAGACCUCCGGAGGGAGCAGCAGCGACGUCGUGGCCAGUCUGGCGGAUACAAGUCACGUGAUUAUUGAUGAAGUCCACGAGCGAAGUCUCGACACCGAUUUCCUGCUUGUCCUUCUGAGAGAUGUUCUGAGAAAACGAAAAGACUUGAAGCUUAUCUUGAUGAGUGCCACGUUAGACGCUGGUGUCUUUGAGGAUUACUUCAAAGACAACGGCAAAGUUGGUCGAGUCGAGAUCAGCGGCAGAACGUUCCCUGUUGAAGACUACUAUCUUGACGAUGUCAUACAAAUGACUGGAUUCAACGCUGGUCGUGGAGCAAGAAGAGACGAUGAUGACGAUGAGACGGCGGGAAUGGAGGCUGACGUCGCUGCUGCCAUUCAAAGUAUUGGCAUGCGAAUCAAUUACGAUUUGGUUACUCUGACGGUGAAGGAAAUUGAUGCCGAACUAUCGUAUCUCAAGCAAGACGGUGGCAUACUUAUUUUCAUGCCAGGUGUUAUUGAGAUCAAUCGGACAUUAGACUCUUUGCGAUCGAUUCCAAAUCUUCAUAUCUUGCCGUUGCACGCUUCUCUACAAUCUGUCGAGCAGCGCAGAGUGUUUCCGCGUGCGCCUACUGGGAAGCGAAAAGUUGUUGUAGCUACCAACGUCGCUGAAACUUCGAUUACGAUCGACGACAUUGUAGCUGUCAUUGAUACUGGCCGGGUAAAGGAAACUAGCUACGAUCCACAGAACAACAUGCGGAAGCUCGAGGAGGUUUGGGCAUCUCGCGCGGCCUGCAAGCAAAGGCGCGGUCGAGCAGGCAGAGUUCAAGCAGGAAAAUGCUACAAGCUUUAUACUCGCAACGCUGAGAUGUCGAAGAUGAUGGAACGGCCCGAGCCUGAAAUUCGGAGAGUUCCGUUGGAACAACUUUGUCUUUCUGUUCGAGCCAUGGGCAUUAAGGAAGUAGGUGCCUUCUUAGCAAGUGCGCUGACACCACCUGAAAGCGUUGCCGUUGAUGGUGCAAUAGAACUGUUGGGCAGGAUGGGAGCUCUCGAUGGCGAUGAUCUCACUGCACUGGGUCGGCAUUUAUCUAUGAUCCCUGCUGACCUUCGUUGCGGGAAGCUCAUGGUAUACGGUGCUAUAUUUGGCUGCUUGGCUGCUUGUGUCAGUAUAGCAGCAAUUCUUACAGUGAAGUCACCCUUUGUCUCGCCCCAAGACAAGAGAGAGGAAUCCAAGGCGGCAAGGGCGAGAUUUGCCAAGAAUCAAGGUGAUUUGAUGGGAGAUCUGAAAGCAUUCGAACAAUGGGACGAGAUGGUCAGCACCAGGAGUAUUCGACAAGGCGAGAUCAGAAACUGGUGUUCGGAAAACUUUCUAUCAUACCAAAUAUUGAAUGAUAUCGCUUCAAAUCGGACGCAAUAUCUCACCUCUCUCCGCGAGCUCUGUUUCAUCCCAUCUUCACCUUCAGCCUUGGCAACGCUCAAUAAACACAACUCGAAUACUUCGCUUCUUCGUUCACUUUGUGCCGGUGCCUUCAACCCGCAACUAGCACGAAUCGACUUUCCCGACAAGAAGUUCGCACCCUCCGUCUCUGGAGCUGUCGAGCUCGACCCGGAAGCAAAGACAAUCAAAUACUUCAACCAAGAGAAUGGCCGAGUGUUCGUUCACCCGAGCUCUACAGUGUUCGAUGCACAAGGUUUUCCAGGAAACAGUGUUUACAUGAGCUACUUCAACAAGAUGGCUACAAGUAAAGUCUUCAUUCGAGAUCUGACACCCUUCAACGCCUACACCGCCCUCCUCUUCUCCGGCCCAAUCACCCUCGACACACUCGGCCGCGGCCUCAUCGUCGACGGCUGGCUCCGCCUCAGGGGCUGGGCACGAAUCGGCGUCUUAGUCAGCCGUCUCCGAGGCAUGCUCGACGACGUCCUAGCGCGCAAGAUCGACGAGCCGGAGCUCGACCUCUCAGGUAACGAGGUCGUCGCUGCGGUUAUGCAUUUGGUUGAGUUGGAUGGCUUGGAUCAAUGA